UGGGCGCGUCCAGCCCUUUUUGCUUGGGAGCGCCGCCGUCAUUACAGCAGUAGCAGCGUGCGGGAGGGGGAGCGGGAGAGUGGCAGAAAGGGAGUGAGGCACGAGUCCUGCGCUCAGGGAGCAGCCGCCGCCGUUAAACCGCCGCCUCGCGCGCUAGCCAGCCAGCCUCGGCCAAUCGCCUUCCUCUGUUCGCCUGUCUCGCGACCUGCCCUCGCUUAGCCUUUCCUUUUCUCUCCCGUUUUCUCCUUGAGCGCGAGGAAAAGGAAGGGCCUCCCCCCCCCCCAGCAGCCGCCCCCCCUUCUCCCCGCAGCAGCCCCGAAAGCGAAGAAGAUGGUGGACCGCGAGCAGCUGGUGCAGAAAGCCCGGCUGGCCGAGCAAGCCGAGAGAUACGACGACAUGGCAGCCGCCAUGAAGAACGUGACAGAGCUGAACGAGCCACUGUCUAAUGAAGAGAGGAACCUGUUGUCAGUAGCCUACAAGAACGUAGUUGGAGCAAGGCGUUCUUCUUGGCGAGUUAUAAGCAGCAUUGAGCAGAAGACUUCUGCUGAUGGCAACGAGAAAAAGAUAGAGAUGGUCCGUGCUUACCGUGAGAAGAUUGAGAAGGAAUUGGAAGCUGUGUGCCAGGAUGUUCUGAGCCUCUUAGACAACUACCUGAUCAAGAACUGCAGCGAGACCCAGUAUGAGAGCAAAGUCUUCUACCUGAAGAUGAAAGGGGACUAUUACCGCUACCUGGCUGAAGUUGCCACUGGGGAGAAAAGGGCAACUGUUGUGGAAUCCUCCGAGAAGGCAUAUAGUGAAGCUCAUGAGAUUAGCAAGGAACACAUGCAGCCAACUCACCCCAUCCGGCUUGGCUUGGCGCUUAACUACUCCGUUUUCUACUAUGAGAUCCAGAAUGCCCCCGAGCAGGCAUGCCACCUGGCCAAGACAGCGUUUGACGAUGCCAUUGCUGAGCUAGACACCCUCAACGAGGACUCCUACAAAGACUCAACGCUCAUCAUGCAGCUCCUCCGUGAUAACCUAACACUCUGGACAAGCGACCAGCAAGAUGACGAUGGUGGUGAAGGCAACAACUAGACCCCUCUGAUGGACUGGCAGCCGCACGCCGAUGCUACUACUGCAGUCUUUAUUUUUUUUCCCACAAGUGGGGGGGAGGGUGUCAGGGGAGGGGGAGGGGAAAGGAGGGGUGACCUUCCAGGGAGGCUCCCCCAUAACCUGUCUUUGAUUGCCUCGUUGACACUUUUGCCAAAACACCACUAGUGGAAAGUCAGGCUGGCUGUGCUGGUAGGGAGUGGAAUGGAAUGGCAGCCUCACAAUGGCAUAUGGACUGUUCUGUAGACUUAAUUCAAGGGGGAGCUGUCUUUAAGUUAUCUUAAUUGCUAGAAAUACACAAAGUUGAUAAUGACUAACUUGAAUGGAAUGGCCCUUGUUUUCUGUUUUUUUUUUUUUUUGGUUGAAAAGCAGUUCUGUGGUUCCAGUAAGGGUUCAUCCAUCUUUUCAGUUGAAAUGCCAUAUGCUUCUGUUAAGUACAGUUAUGUAUCUCCCUCUUCUUACCGCCUGCCCCAGACGUUGGGGAACCUCUUUAUCAUAGCAUAAUUUUAAAAGACACCCCCCCCCGGCUCGAAUUAUAGGCCUUUGGGCUUUCUUGUCAAGAUGCUUAAAAUAGUUUGCAGUAUUAACACUAAAUUAUGGUUUACAGUAUUUCUAUAUGACAGCCAUAUUUGACAUCGAGCCAUUGAGUAUAAACUUUCUCUUGUCUGUUUUACUAGCUUGCCACCCUCCUCCAGUCCAGUCUGUGUAAUUAUCUUACCCACCCUAUUUGGUUUCCCAGGUACAAGAAUCUGCCUGAGAAACAUCCAUGUUGUUCCAAUUCGUUGCCAUUUUAAUGGGUGCUUGGCAAGCGGCUAUAUAAAGUACCAAGAGUCCACUGCAUAGAGGGUUCAGAAUUUUAAUUAGAGUGGGUAAGACGUUAAAAUACAAUGCCACUUAACUUAUGCUGAUUCAGGUCUGUGUGUUCCAUAUUUUGUGUGGUAUUCUCAAUUUCAUCCCAGUUUAUUUAUUGGUUUCUAAAUGAAGGUGUCCUGCCCCUGUCUCAGGGAUCACGCUACCAUUUUGCUCAUAACCUGACUUUCUCCCAUUGUGCUAUGAGGUUUGUCAGCAGAUCUUUGAAGCCCCCCGCCCCAGGCUCCUUUUGUCUUUGCCAGAGCUAGAGCUCUGUUCUGUGCUAAAGACUGCAGUAAGAGUGGAACAUUCUGUUGAAGAAAUCCAUAAAAGUGAGAGUUUGUUGCCAAUGGUUGGCUUGUGUGUGUGUUUCUUUUUAAACCAAAAUCUUAGGCACUGUGGAACUUGUCCUAUAAAAAAGGAUUUGUUCAUUUGUAAGUCUCAGUUGCCUAGAAGAAAAUAAUAUAGCUGAUCAGGUAAUGCUUUUGCCCCCUAUUUGACUACUUUUUAAAAAAGAAAGCAAAAUCAUGACCAAUGGAAAUCCAUUGCUGUUUUCCUUCUUGAAUUUGAAGAAUUAUAUUUGACCAUGUUCCUUUUGUUUAUCCAAAGCACCGCAGAACGAAACUCUUGCACUCACAACUACCGUUGCACAAACAUUUGUGGUCCCUUGUGGAAACAGAGCGUCUUGUUUCACAUGGUGGUCCAGUUAGCAUGGCAAAGUUUGGAUGUGGUGAGCCUGAACGACAGGAUACAUUUUCUUAGCGGUUUGCAGUCCGAAAGUCAAAGUUUAAAAUGGGUUGACAUUGCAAAUGCUAGCAAAGUCCCAUGAAUACAUCCAGUGCAGAUACAUUUUUAACUCCUUGUACUUUGUUGCAGUAUGACAGUUUGCACUCAGUGACUUUCCAUUCUUGGCCACCUGAAUAAUGUGCAGCGCCAACAGCCUGGCUUUUGCAUCCUGUUGGAUUUAAGAGGAGGGAAGAGAGGCUUGCAACUUAGGUAACUGAAGAAAAGGGGAAAGUCCUGGGCUGGAAAGGAUGCUUAGGCUCCUCUUUAAUUUGCAGUCAUGUCAAGUGAGCCGUGCGUGUUCCUGGCUUUUUAUCAUUUGGAAACAAUUUACUGGAAUUACAAAACCUUUCUUGAUUUCAGCUUUUUAGCUCUGGCUGCUUUAGGAAAACUUUAUGCAGGGGAAAAGAUUGCACAAGAGGGCUACAUAUGGAGUGGGCGGGUGGGGGGGUUGGGGGACUUGUGAGCAGCUUGAAUGGUUUCUUUCAUUUUUUAAAAAGAAAUGCACUUGCCUAUGAUAACUGUCUCUCCAGUGAAAUGAAUAACUGCUCCAUUACUCUAUUGAUACAAUAUUGUGCAUGCUGGUGUUGUAUUUCUAUAAAGUAGCUUGAAAUUUAUUAACUUAUACUGUAGAUGUUAUGUAUUCCUAUGACAAUAGUCUUCAACAAUUUUUUAAAAAUUUUUUAAUUUAUUUUUUUUUCCUUUUUGGGGAGUAAAGUUUGCUCCACCAAAUAGUGAUCGUAGCAAAACUGAUCUGUUAUGGAUGUUGCUAUAGUGACAUGCAAUUAUAUAUGAUUUUGUUUUUUUAAAAAAAGGAAAGCAAAAGAAGACACCAGUGUUAGCUUAAUCUUAAUGUCUGGUGUUCGUCAUGGUGAAAUUAUAACUAUUACAGUGUAGGAGAAAAAUGACUCUGUUCUUUGAAUGAGCCUUUGUUUGUGCUUUUCUGUCAUGUUAUGCAGUGAACUCUUUUUAAGGUCUAAUCAGUGAUUAUUUUUCCAACUCCGUGUUUCUGUAAGGAAUUAUUUCACACACGGACCAUUCUUAGCAGUUUUCCUCAGUGAUGGAAUAUCAUGAAUGUGAGUCAUUAUGUAGCCGUCGUACAUUGAGCAAAUAAACUUACAGAUCUGA